AUGUUGAACUUUCUGCUACAUGGUCCUCCGGUGAGGCUGUGUUUGGGGCUUGCGUGUCUCCUGUCCCUUUGGAGCGCAGUGGCUGGUCCUAGAGGAGAAGAGAGGAGGGACAAGGGGGUGGCAUUUCUUGCUACCACAGAGCUAGCUGCCCGGUCGGUGGAUCUGUCCGCACUGAACCUGACGGAACUGGUGAAUGGGAUGCUGAACAGAGCUUUAAGAGACAGCAAGCAGUUCUUCUCCCUGCUCAGUGUUACUUCCUACAGCUCCUUCGCCUUCCACAAGUUCUCCGUGGCCAUUUACAACAUUUCUAACCUGAAGACCAUGGACCCUGCCCGAUUCCCCACCAGAUACUGCUACUGUCUGACCAACCGGACCAAUGACUUAUCUGAUUUCACAGCCCUACUGGUGGACAUCAUUGGGAAUUCUACCAGCUACCUCACAGAAAUUUUUAAGUCAACUUCCAUCCUCUCAGUGAGUCAGACCGAUGGAACCGACUGCAUCUUCAUCUGCGUGAUGACAGGAAAGUCAGGAAGGGACCUUUCUGACUUCUGGGACGUGGCGGAGAAAUUCCCUGUUAUCAACUACACAUUCACCAGCAGCAUCUCUGGUGGUCUGGCUACCAGGGGGAUGACUGUGACUUCUAAGCCCACAGCCACGAGCCAGUCAAGAGUACCAAGUACAAGCCCCCAACAGCGGGAGCAGAGCACCAGAGUGUCUGCUCUGAGGACCUCUCCCUGGAUAGAGGCAGCUAUUCCUUCAGAGGGAGAGGAUACCAUGACCACAGGAACAUACACCCCUGGUACCCAGACUCCAAGUCCAACCAAGGCACCAGCCCCCAAAUAUCCACAGACAGGUGAUUUCCCUGCCAUGUGGCCAUUCACCCCUGGGGACGAGUCAGCCCUGGUCCUAGAACUCCACCAGGUUUCAAGGUGUCCUCAGCCACUCUUCAAGGAGGGGGCCAUGACAGCUGUUCCUCUCCCCCUGGCCAUCCCGAGGAUCAACCCUUGCCUGAUGGAGCUGUGUCGCUUUUUCCAGCAGUGUCUCUGCACAAGCCAGGGGAGGACUGUCAGGACAGAGGCCAUGAGGUACUGCCUAGAACGCUAUUCUUGGUUUCUGAAGAAUGCAACAUAUAUCUGUCAGAGGAUGAAAAGGGUGUCCCACUCGCACACAUUAAAGCAAAGAUGCCUUGAGAAUAUCUGCAAGUCUGUAUGA